AUGGGAAACUAUCGGUUUCUGUUGGUUGCAUUUGCAGUUUUCGAUUUGUUUUAUUCAACAAACGAGUUCUUGACUCCAUUGGCAGUCACCGGCAACUCUCAUGGAUUCGUAGUCUUCUUAACAGAAGGUCCGUUCUUCGAUCAUCCGGAAAUUGGCGCUCAUGCAAUUUCAAACAGAUGUGGAUUUAUUUCACUCAGUUACGCUCUACUCAUUAUUCAUUUCGUUUACAGAUACAUUGCCCUCUUCCACCCUGAAUUACAUAAUAAGUUCUUCCAUCCUGUUGGAGUUCUGAUCUACGCAUUAUUCUUAUUUAUUCAUGGAGCGUCAUGGUCUAUCAUAUGUCAACAAUGUUUAUCUGGAAAUGACGAAAUCCGAGAAUUGAUUCGAGAUGAGUUUAUGGAAGAGUAUCAUGCAGACACAAGAAAUGUUCCUAUGUUAGCUGCUCUGUAUUGGAUAAUGAUCAAAAUCCGAGCUAUGCAAGCAAGCAGCACAAUGAGCAAAAAUAGCAUUCGUCUUCAGAAAAAGUUAUUUCUUACUUUGAUUAUUCAGACAUGUAUCCCAAUUUUUGCCAGUUUCCUUCCUACCGUAUUAUCCUGGUAUGCACCAAUAUUCGGAAUAGAUUUGUCUUGGUGGAACACAAAUGUCGCUACAGUUGCUUUAUCAGCCUUUCCAUUCAUUGACCCGUUGGCAGUCAUUUAUUUGGUUCCGAGUUAUCGAAAUGCAGUUUUGAGAAGAAGAGAUCCGACAGUAGCGAGUGGAUCGGCGACUCAAGGAAAGCAUGUUUCGAAGAUUGAUAGCGGAGCAUCAGCUAAUUGA